AUGUCAAUGAUCAACAGAAUUGCUUUGAGAGCAGCUCGCCCUUCAGUGGGUAUGGCCAUUCGCCCAGCACCAAUCGGAUUGAGAUUCCUCUCUACCCCAGUGGAACCAAAACAAAAGGCUCAAUCAAUUGUUGAUGCUUUACCAGGUAACAACUUCAUUACAAAAACCGGUGUCUUGGCCACUUCAGCAGCAGCAGCCGUCUACGGGUUGUCCAACGGAUUGAUCAUCAUUCACGAUGAAACUAUUUUGGUCGCCACAUUCUCCAUUUUCACAGCAUUGUGUGUUAAAUUCAUUGCUCCUUUGUACACCGAGUGGGCAGAUGGUGAGAUUAAAAAGGUCAACGAUCUUUUGAACGGUGCAAGAAACAAGCACAUCGAAGCUGUUGAAGGAAGAAUCAACUCAGUAGGGGAAAUGAAAGACGUUGUUGAGCAAACAAAGGGAUUGUUUGCAUUGUCCAAGGAGACUGCUAAGCUCGAAGCAGAUGCUUUUGUCUUGAAACAAAAAUUGGAAGUUGCCUCUGAAGCCAAGAAUGUUUUGGACUCAUGGGUCAGAUUCGAGAACCAACAAAGACAACUCGAGCAAGAACAAUUGGCCAAGUCCGUUAUCGAGAAAGUUAACAAGGAAAUUGAAGACCCUAAAUUCCAAGACAAGUACUUGCAAGAAGCUUUGAAAGAAAUCGAAAAAGUUUUUGCCAAAAACAAGUAA